UUUGUUUCCAGCUCUGGUCCACGGAUUACGUCUUUGAUUCUACAGAAUCACUGUUUUGCUAGCAUUACGCAUCCUUGCAGUGGUGCCCCCACGCUCCCUGCAAGUCUUCCGGCAAGUUGGAUCGUCCGACAUCUUGCAUCUCUUUCCGAAGUCUACAUCCUGACCUGGAAACCUGUAGACGUGUGCCCAUGCGAUCAUACCACGACGAUGGUCGGCACUGAUAUUCAUCUCCGGCUUCGAGAGAUCUCGGAUACGUUAUCCUCUCUCGAGCGGCAACUCGUCGCGCUACGCUCUGAGCAACAAACCUUGCUCGUUUCACUACGUCAUCCUACCCCUAUCCGGUUCCUCCCAGGUGAACUCAUUGGCGAAAUCUUCCAAUGGUGUCUCGCCGGGGGCAGUGGAUCUGGAUUUUCGAAUUCAAGACCGAUGCAGCUGGCGAGUGUGUGUCGCGCGUGGCGAGACGUGGCUCUCGGCACGCCACAGCUUUGGACGGACAUCAACGUCAGUCCGUUUGUGAAACGGCCUGCGAAGCUCGAUCGCCUCGUCGACGUGUCUCUUCAGCGUGGAGGGGCGCUGGGUGCAGACCUGCGGGCUUCGUUCGGAGUUGCCCAGGUGCCGCCGCCGUCCCGGUUCAUCAAUGUCCUGCAGGCGGCUGCGAGACAUCCGCAUCGCUGGCGCUCGUUUGAGUUUCAGAGCUUCGAUGUGACGGGGCCCCUGGAUGUCUUGGAUGAGAUCGUGUGGUCUUAUCUCGAAGUGUUGGCCUUGCAAGGCAACCCGACCCAGAACUUCCCGCCGGCUAUCACGGUGUUCCGAAACGCACCGCUGCUUCGGACCGUUGAGCUCGACGGUCUCUGCGCAGCGCAUCUUUCUCUGCCUUGGACGCAAAUCCAAUCUCUGGACCUCAACAACAUUCUGGUCUCUCAAUGCCUGGACAUUCUUGAGCAGACCCCUGGAUUAAAGACACUCGUCGCUGAUAUUUACUCCAGAGAACGCGUCACGCUCCCGCACAUCACGCUGCCCGAGCUCACGUCUUAUCACGGGUCUGACAACGAGGACUUCACCCUCAUCGAGCACCUCAUCUUGCCCGUCUUGCAACAUCUCCGUGUGACGCAUCUGGAGCACGUCCCCGCGCUCCUCGAGCGAUCCGGAUGCCAAACGACGCUGCAGAGCCUCACGAUCGAGUUCCCGCCCAGCAUGUACGACCUGGAGCUCCUCCCCGCAUUGUCGUGCCUGAAGCACCUGGUCAUCGAGCAGGCGGUGUUCGCGGAGACGAUCGAGUUCUGCCACUUCGUCAGCGAGUUCCGCACGGGGCAGCUGAAGACUGUGCCCGCACUGGAGACAUUCGUGCUCCGGGGCUGCUCGAUCCCGUCGUUCAACCUCAGCGUCGCGACUCGCAUGGUCGCAGAUCGGUUCCAGGACGGCGCUGGCUGCCUGAAGUCGUUCAAGGUCGAGUUUAGCAUGCAAGGCCGGGAGGCGGCUGCGUUGGCCCGGACGGUGGAAGAGUUGCGGGAACUGAAGCACCGGGGACUGGAUCUCAGUUUUGGGCUCGUGGAUGAGAAGCUGCACGCGCCGGAGUUCUAUCAAGUCACUGCCGAUCUGGUUGCUGCUAUGUCUAUUUAAGUGACUCCAAUGUACCAACUGAUCUCCUUGAAUGUGCAAGCAGUCUCUGUUUUGAAGCUGUCGCUGUCUUGACCGUGGGAGGUGUCAUGCAGGAAGACAGGUCCUGCCAUAACGGCUCGAGAUGGGUGCAUGUACUUGUUGUGUAAGGGACGAAAGUGAAUGCGCUAGGUAGUCUUCGAUCCUUCGCCACUUUCGUGGCAGUGAGCAGCACAUCUUUGCCCAAACUUGAAAGAGCACGGUCCUCCAUUAUGCCAUCUACGCUCUUAGCGGGACGACUAGAUCGAGGAUACGAGCGGGAAUGGCGUGAAGCUCAGACCACAACGCAGCUCUCGGUCCCACAGUUCUGAGUUUCUUCGUCUAUGACCGUGGUCUCAACGGAUCUGGAUUGUGGAGAUCGGUGGUGGAGGGGGCACAAUUCCGCAGGGGGGGAAUCGGUAUGUACGAGUGGGAUUCCGAGGCUGU